ACAGUGCUGUAGACGUCUGUAGGCGACAAACCAUGGAAACACACCUGAUCCAACAGGAGAUGAAUUUACUCUGAGGGGGAAAAAAAAGAUGCCAUUCAGUCCACAGACGGAAAAAGUGGGGAAAAAAUGGUAAACGAAGCCUAAAAGAUAAUAAUCGUCUUAAAUUCGCCCUCAAGAUCCUCAGAUUCUCCUGGUGUGACUCUGAUUGGGACCUGGUGUGAGUGUUAGGGGGCUAUGGUGACACGAUGGGCACAGGCUGGUGUGAGGAGAGAUGUACCAGCGUCACCGGGGGAAGACGGAGGGAUAAGGGAGCAGAUCUUUGGUCAAGGCUGUGCACUGUCACGCUCUUGUUCUCUGUUCUGUGCGGUCAAGUGUCCCCUCAGUGUCCAGACAGCUGCCACUGUGCCUGGGACACUGGCACCGUGGAGUGUUCAGAUGCCGGGCUGCGGGAAAUACCAGAGGGGAUCCCGCCGGGAACCAUCUCCCUCCACCUGGAACGCAACUACAUCCGGAACAUCCCGGAGAGGGCCUUUAGUGAGCUGGUACACUUACAGGACCUGUACCUGUCCAACAACCGCAUCGACUCACUCGCCUCGGGGGCUCUGCGGCACCUGGGCCCAGAGUUGCGCCUGCUGGACCUCUCACAUAACCUGCUGAGGAAGGCCAACAGGGAGGAGUUUGGCUCCACACGAGCAAAGACACGCCUGUACCACAACCCCUGGCACUGUGACUGCGCCCUCCAGGAGCUGAUGGAGACUCUGAACCUGGAGCCCGAAACAGUAAACGGGAUCGUUUGUGAGAGCUCUGUGCGGGGUGUGGGAGAGGGGAGCAGGUGGGAGGACCCUGGGUCCCAGGGAGAGCAUGCAGGUCAAGCGUUGGUCAAACUGUUGGAUUCUGGAGUGAAUUUCUGCAGUCUGCAGAGGAAAACCACUGAUGUGGCCAUGCUGGUGACAAUGUUUGUGUGGUUCUUUAUGGUCAUUGUGUAUGUAGUGUACUAUGUGAGGCAGAACCAAGCCGAGGCACGCAGGCAUUUGGAGUACUUGAAGAGUUUACCCAGCCCACGCAAGACCCCCACCGAGACAGACACUCUAAGCACUGGUUUCUGAACUUCAUUUGAAUAAAAUAAUCAGAUACCAGACAGGCUGACAAAGUUCAAAAUGCUGUGUGAUUAAAAUAAUCCAACUGUGGAGGAUGCUGAUACAGAGGAGGAAAUUAACCUUUUACAGCCGAGUUUCCUUUUUGGAAAAUGUCUUUAUAUUUCUUACAAGAGAUCAACCUAUGUUUAAUAUUGAUUUUCCUGUCUAAUGAAAAUAGAUUUGGUGAGUUAGUGAACUCAUUUUACCAUCUGCACUGAGACAAAACACAGGAAAGGAUGAAAAUGAAGAAAUGCUUUGAACCAUCAAUCUUCCUUGCGGUCUUGUUUUCCCGUCCUUUUCUUCUCCCACAAUGAUGCUGCAGCCUUUUAUCUUACAUUAGGCUCUAAUUGGGGGUCUUUGACCAACUGACCCUCAUUGAACACUUGAAAGGCACUAAUCAGGUAGAGUACAUUCAUCGGGUUCAAAAGGAGAUUGUGCAUUGUCCAAUGUGUGUCCUUAUUAUAUUUUUGAUGUGUGUAUUUGUGUCUUUCCUUCACUUUCUUUUUUUUUUGUUACUAUGAAAACUGAUUUUGUUCAGAUGCUAUUUAGGUCUUUCUCAAAUCAAAUACACAGACACAAAGCAAUUUGUUUCCAUGCCAGUUGGGAACUACCAAUCUCAAUCUACUCUCAGGGAGCCAUUAGAGCUGGAGACGAACAAUAUUGUCUCAUAGCUGCAGGAAUUAUCUCUAAGAUAUCUGAGCAGCUUAGCAUCGUGUACAUACAGCUGAUCACUACAGAGAAAUUUCAACCAGAAAUGGAAACGUUGACAUGAAUUAGAUUAGCAGAGCCAUCUAUCCUGAGAGAAGCUAGUUUAGCUUUAAUUAAUCUCCUGAGUCCUGUUUCCUCCCUGCACUGAUUGCUGUGCACAAAUGUUCCCACAUCGCACAUUUUCCAUUUAGGCUGUAUAACUUAUUUAUUCAUUUGCACAGAUAAUAAAUGGAUUCCCUUUCCCAGUUGCUGCAUUUAAUGCUCGCAAUAGACAAAACGGGGUGUGUAUCGUCAACACUCUCUCUGCAUAUCCAGCUUAGAGUAAAUGGAACAAAACCUGACGGGAUUAACAGCCUCUUUUUUUUUUUUUUUUUGCUUGAGUUCAUCAUAUAAUCAUAUUUACUGUGGCACUUCCACCGGAGCAUUUUAUCCUGUCAAUGUGUAAGUGUUUGUCAUUGUUCAGGAAUGAUAAAAGGUCUAUGGAUGUUAUUUCCAUGUGGGUUUCAUCCUCAAUCUCAGAGGUCAAAACAUGUUUUUUAUGAAUCUUCUUCACUAAAAUAAGUUUGUAGCAACUGGAAUGAGAAGCCAUUAUAGCAGCAUGGUGAGUCCGUUGUAUUAGGAAAAACUUCUAAUUUGUCCCAUACUUUGGAUUAAGACUAAACAUCACUGCACAUUUAAUAACAUUAUUCGUAUCACCCUCAGCUUUUCUUUGUCUCCAGAGCUACGUGGCUAAUUCAAGGUGGUUAGUGCUCAUUGUAAACAUGUUAGCUGCUAAUUAAUAGUAUGAUAGCACUGUCAUUGUGAGCAUGUCGCUCAUCUGUAGACUUUCACUCAUGUGUCUUAAUGGAUGUAGUGACGUAUUGUAAGAGCAAACCCAGCUACGCUGUAGAUCAAUGACUUUCUUUGUCCUGUGUCGUGCUAAAUGUUCUCAGUGUUUUGUAACCUACAGAGGAAGACUUGUUGUUUUGUUUACAGAUGAAGAUUCUGUAAAUUAGGCGUAGAUUGUCCAGAACAAGCUUGAUGAAUGUAAAACAUCUCUGCUGUUUUACCACAGGCUUAAAAGAUGACGUGUGUUCUGCUGUUUUAGACUCUUGUAAAAGGACUGUUAAUGUAACCUCACGUGCUGUCGCUUGUCUGUCCCAAAUCAUUCAUCUAAUGUGAAAAUCUCCCCUAAUACAACGCUUAAAAGAAAGUCAAGAACCACAAGAACCAUGACGUCUGUGUGGAGGAUAUUUAUUGGUGAUGUAUUUCUGUUUUGGUGAUCAGUUUUCCCUCUCCUGUUUCUAUGCCAAUAAUUAUUCAAACAAGGAAAAAAGGCAUAAAUUGGAAA